AUGAAUGUGGGUAAACUUUCUAUUCCUAUGUCAAUAACUUCAACUAUUAUCGCAAAAUUAUGGGCUAAAGAGCCACAAUCAGUGAAAAACGAAUGUAAGAAAUUAGCUAAAGAAGCAAAAGAAAUUUAUAAUAUUCGACAUAGCUUAAAACAUAAAUUUGAUUUGUCGACUUUUGGAAUUAUUCACGAGAACACCACAAAUACUUCGAAUAUAACCAUGCCUAAUACUACAAAUAAUACUUUAAAUAUGACUUUAUCUAAUACUACGAAUUUGGUUUUUGUUGAAUUGCCUACUCCAAAACAUUCAAUGCUUGAGUACGACUACGACCACGCCGAAAGUGAACAUGCCGAAAGUAAUACCAACUUUAAUUUAGAUUAUUCAGUUUUAAUUAAUGCUCAUAUCAGCUCUUCUAAAAUCGAUGGAGUGAAUCAAAAUGACUGUUUCUUCUAA